AUGGCCUCCGACAAACCCAUUGCUCCCAUUGAGAUUGGAUCAUUUACAGCUCCGACGCCCCAGAAAACCGAGUUCAUCGGCAGCGCCAGCGGAGUCUUCUUUGUCAACACGGUCUUUCGAGCCUUCGCACAAUCGGCCUCCAGCUCCAAAGUGCUUCAGGGUUCCAAUCACAAUUCCAAUUCCAAUUCCAACCCGACGACCGGCGACGUUCAAUCCCUUGAGCACGACCCCGGAUCGGUGGACAGUCGUCUCGUAGAUCCGGAGACCCCCCACUACCAGCAGAUUGAAAGUGAGGGCGCCGCGAUUAACAUUUCCAUCGACUCGGAGAGUUCGGCAAGAACGUAUGGAGUCAAAGGCCAUGGGCUGGGGGUAGCCCCGGACCAACAGGCUGCGAGAGAGCUGCUCGUGCUAUACUUGCGCAAUUGGCAUCCUCUUCUCCCCUUCCUCCACGGACCCACGCUUCUCGAGACGAUAGCCGGUCUAUAUGGAGAUGGUGAUGGCGAUGGCGAUGAUGGACCCCCGCCGCCACCGGCUGCGGUCACAACGAAUCUGAGAAGUCGCCUGUGUCAGGUCAUCGUUUGUCAAUGUGUCUUCAAUAUUGCUGCGCUCGACUGGGCUGGACGCUCUCUUCCCGCUGAAUCUACCAUUGGGUCUGCGACGCAACUGCUCUCUCUGGUCGGUUACAUUGCCAGUAACCACGACACACAUUCCCUGCAGACUUUGCUGGCGGCGCAGCUGUACCUGGUGUCUACUAUGGCCCUUCGCUCGGCUUCGACGGUGGGCGGCACGCUAUCUCGCCUCAUGUUCCACGCAGGGUUCCACCGUUGCCCGGCCCGCUAUUCACAGAUUCCUUCCCAAGAAGGUGAUCUACGGAAAAGAAUCUUCUGGAGCUCCUACGUCUUGGAUCGCUAUCUGAGUCAAGCGCUAGGCCAUCCGUUGGGUCUGCAAGACUCCGACAUUGAUGUCUGCAUCCCUGGGAUGCAAGAGCUGCACACGCCGACCCGAAGCCGUGGACCGGGAGCGAGACCUGAAAACCAAGUUGGGACACCAGCACACAUCCCGAGUGACCAUCCUAGUCAAGCCGCGGGUUCGGAAGACAGUACAUUUCCAAACUCACUACAGCAAGCCGAGAGAGGCUUCCGGGUCGGGCAUGGCGUGGCUCCGCCAGGAGUCAAUGCCGCCAGUCAGCACCCGAAUGGGCCGGAAAUCUUGGGCCACUAUGUCCUUUACUGCCGGUUGACAGGUCAGGCGCUGGAACUGUUUCACAAGUCUCUCCAGAGCCGAGCGAUCAACGCCGAAAACGUGAUGGAAUUGCAGUCAAGUGUGCACGCCUGGUGGAAUAAUCUUCCUUCCACUUUGCAGGAUGAGUAUAGCGGAGGCCAGGUCGAGUUGACUUCGGCUUUCACCUUCUUCUUCACUACCAUGUACAAUCAAUUACUGCUGCUGAUCAACCGUCCUUUCCUCUCGCUUCCACCGGAGAGCCUGGAGUUCAGAUCCAGCCUCCAAACCUGCGUGGCAGCGAGUCGGCAAAUCAUCACCACCUUGAAACGGCAAUCACAAUGGAAGAUGCUGGUCUCUUGGCCAGGCAUGCUUUCUGUGACCUGGAUGGCCGGCUUGAUUUUAUCCUUUGCAUGUACGCUGAAACUCUACCCGUUCAGCAAAGCACGGAGGGAGAUCGAGGUCUGCAUCCAAGAGAUGAGGGCAAUGAGUAAGAGUUGGAACAAUGCCAGACACUGCUCUGAGGCUCUCGGGAGCUUGUUGAAGAAUCUCAAACAGCAGUAUCAAAAAGGUGUGGGAGGUAAGCUUUCAGAUUCGUUGUCGUCCCCUCAAUCCCCAUUCGCCGUAGACGCGACGCGGAGGUACGUGCCACUUGCAACCGGCGAUCCAUUGCUUGAGGGCGAUGGCCUCAACCAAGACCAAGACAGCGAAUCCCUUCCGAAAAGAAGACGGCUCGACCCGCAUGAUGGGCAGCUUGAUACAAGUUCUCAUGGCCCCAAUGGUAACUCGGGCACGGUAUCAAGUCAGGAGCCGCCCGCAGUUGCUCAGUCCGUCGGGGCCACGGCCGAUUGGAUGGCCCAUGAAACGUCGUCAAUACUACCCGCGGUCGAAGGCGCCGGUCUGGAUUUUGUCACCAACAACAACAAUGGGCUGUUUGCCAAUCUGGACGACUUCCAAUAUCUGCGCCUGCCGGUCUCUGGAGAUCUCUACUCGAACAAUCCGGGAGCGUUCGGGAAUAUUGGCUGGGAAGCCAUGAUCAACGGAGCAGGCAACCUGGACGACUGGGGUGCCUGGGUGCAGCAGGACUAUAGGCCAUGA